AAGUCCGUUAGUCAAAGCACAGAAGAGACGUAGAGAAGAGAUGCUUUUCCACCUGAUCAUAGCGCUUCAGUGUUUUUCAUCAAUUUGAGAAAAACUUUUGAAUCUGGAGACCCAAAGUUAGAAGAGAAGAUAUUGGAAAGCAAAAAACGUUUUAUAUAUAGGCCUAUAUAUAUUAAUAUAAAAACAAUAGGCGAAAACUUUGUUUAGACGAAAGGAAAACCAAAGGCUGAAGUCAGUGGAGAGGAACGCAGCCUUUCCAAACAUCCCUCAACAGGUGCACGGAUCUAUCUAAGGAAGAAGAGAGAUGGCUUCCGCGGCUCUGGAGCUCCUGGGUCUGAUGCUGUGCGUCUUCGGCACGCUCUUGGAGAUGACCGCCUGCGGGCUGCCCACCUGGAAGGUGACCGCCUUCAUCGAAGCCAACAUCGUGGUGGCGCAGAACAUCUGGGAAGGUCUGUGGAUGUCGUGCGCCGUGCAGAGCACCGGUCAGAUGCAGUGCAAGAUUCACGACUCCAUGCUCGCGCUCAACCACGACCUCCAAGCCGCGCGCGCUCUCAUGGUCAUCUCGUCCGUCUUGUGCGUCAUCGGGCUGAUGGUGGUGAUCGCCGGCGCGCAGUGCACCAACUGCAUCAAGACGGAGAGCGUGAAGGCGCGCGUGGUGAACGUCGGAGGCGUCAUCUACAUCAUCAGUGCCAUAUUCGUGCUCGUGCCCCUGUGCUGGAUGGCCAACAACAUCAUCUCCGACUUCUACAACCCUCAGAUUCUGGCGUCCCAGAAGCGGGAGAUCGGCUCGGCGCUCUACAUCGGCUGGGCGGCCACCGCGAUGCUUCUGCUCGGGGGAAGCAUGCUCUGCUGCUCGUGUCCGUCCUCUGGAAGCACAGGCUACUCGGUCAAAUACGCACCCACCAACAGAGCAACAUCUAACGGGGAGUAUGACAAGAGGAAUUACGUUUAGACGCUGUUUGGACUGGUUUCACUUACAUGCUCUUUGGUUUUGUGUGUUGCACCUGCAGACGUUUCUGUUCUCAGUUGGCUGAUUUUCCCUUUUAAGCAUCUUGGACAAAUGAUUGGAAGUUUUUCUUUCUUUCUUUUUUUAAUGUAACACGAAACUUUUGAGGAUAAGCGUUUCUGAAAGGUGUAAGUUUUAUAAUAACUUUCAACAAUAUUAACAAACAUUCAAUGCUUAACAGAUCGUUUCAACACUUUGAACUGAGAAGACAUUCAAUCAUACUAUAUUCAUAUUUUAAUGUGCAUUAACUACUGAUCUGAUCAUUUUUUUAUAAUACCUGAUUGUUUUUUAUUUUGUAAAGCACUUUAGACUGGUUGGCUGAAAUGUAUUUAAUAAUUCCUUUAAUAAUAACUUUAAGUCGAUGAUAUGCUGUAACAAUGAUUUUUCUUAGUAAAUAAAACAUUAUUGAGUAUUAAAAAGAAAAUACUAUUUCAGUCUGUCUUCACUUUUCACUUCACUUUUAAAUCAAUGUUAAUUGCUUUGUAAUUAAUUGCAAUAUUUACUAUCAGUUUCUGAGUGAAAAUUGCUUUUACUCCAUAUAACGUCAUGUAGAAAUGUGCACAAACUACUGAUCUGUUAAGCAUCUUUGAUGUCUGUUUUCAUAAUGAAAGUUACUAUAAAGUGUUUCCUCUAUGCUUUUCCAAAACUGUCAAGGACAUUCAUGGGUGAAAGAGAAGCUCUAAUCUGACAACAGAUCUCUUUUAGGUACCUGGAGAAGUUUGUAAGCUUGUAAAAGUUUGUCAAAGUCUAAAAUUAUUACGUUAGUAGCUAUAGCUGUUGUGAUGUUUACCUUUGAGUGUGUGUGUGUGUGUGUGUACGUCUAGAGGAAUCUGCUUCGGCACAUUUGCAGAGACUCUUAAACACUUGGAUUGUCAGCCAAGAGAACUGAAGCCAUUCCAGACUGAUCGGUCUCUCAUAACUCACCCGUCCACACUGAAGCUCAUCAGAGCUGAACAAGGAACAGGAGGUCUAAUUUUGGGAAUAUUCUGCCAGUCAGUGCUUUACGGAUGGACAUCUUCAUGUUUCUUGAACUCAAGACCUUUACGUCCAGUUUAUUCAGCUCAUCUGAAAUGUUUAUUUUUUGUAACUUUUUUUAAUUGUCUUUGAAUUCUUGAAUGAAUGUUGUUUGGAAUAAACAUUUACAGUUUUGACACAAA